UUGUUUCCCGUGUUUCUUCCUUUCUUGUUCUUUGAAGUAGCCGACGGUGCCCUGUUCUUCCUCCUUCUUGCCCACCUUCUUCCAAAGCAGAUCGGAAACAUAAAAGCCUUUCACCCACCGGCCUUCUUUCUCCCUAACUACUUCCAAGUAGAAAACCCAUUUCCCCUGUCUUCCUUUCUUUCUUUGUCUCUGAAGCAGCCGACCUCCCUUCUUGCCCACCUUCUUCCAAAGCAAAUCGGAAAUACCAAAGCAUCUCAGUCACCGGCUGUCUUUCUCCCUAACUACUUCAAAGCAGAAAAGCCCAUUUCCCCUCACCGGAAAAUCCCCACCAAAAUCCCAUUUCUCCUCCUGUGAGUGUCCUUCCUUUUCUCUGAUUUUUUUUCCUUUUUUGGUGUUUCUACUACCAAUUUGGUGGUGAUGAAUGAUGAUGGUUGGUUGGUAGUAUCUGGGCGACGCGACAAAGCAGGGCAUGGGUCGGUGAAGCCAAGUGAAGCAGGGCAUGGGUCGGUGAAGCCAAACGAAGCAGGGCAUGGGUCGCAAGAAACAAGACUCGGGUGGAAUCAUGAAAAAGGCACAAUUGAUGCUACUCCUCAACGAUGGGCUGAAUUGAAAGCGGAGAAUAAAGAAUAUGGUAAAUUUGAGCAUCAUGGAUUAGAAAACACAGUGGAGUUGCAGCAAAUGUUUGACAAAAUAGUGGUCACCGGUGAAACUGCAUGGACUCCAGCUGCUGGGCCUAUUCCUCCAGUACAACAAAAUGUGGGGUUUGAAGAUGCUGUUGAUUUGGAAGAAGGAAGUGGUGAUUCUGAUGAGAUGAAUGUCAUCCCAACACAAACUGGUGGAAGCAGUGAAAAAAGGAAGAAAAACACAAUUGGUCCUUCACUUACCGGCAAAGGGAAGAAAGUGAAAGUAGGAGGUGCAGCAUACAUGCAGAAACAAUUGAAUCGUCUUUGUGAUGCAGUUGAAAGUUAUACCACAACUACUUUGAGUGAUUCAUCAAAGAAAAAUUAUGAAACAUAUCUUGAUACCACUGAAGAAUGUAUGGAGAUGUUGUUAACUUUACCUGAAGUUGAAGAUGGUAAUGAGCUUUUUAUGUUAGCAAGAGUUGGAAAGGGACAAGAUAAGGUCAGAGAUGGAGAGGGAGAGAUUUGGUGGUAGAAGGUAUUAUUAGGAUGUUUGUAUUUGAGUUUUUAGUAUUAAGACAAUCGUAAUGCUUGUAUUUUGAGAUACAAAACUGUUUUCUUUUUUAUUUGUAUUUUCAUUGUAUGUGGACUAAUGUUAUGAAUUUAUGUCUUUUUCUCUAUAAGAAUUUUAUAUUAAUCCUUGUUUAGAUUAUCACUUAUCUUGAAAUAUUAUAAGUUUUUUUUUUUUUGUUAAUUUGUAAAAGUUAAUCAAAAGUUAAAAUAAUA